AUGAGUACACAAAAUUCUUAGCAAAAAAGCGAUGAAGAAAAUAAAAUAAUGAUGACUGCCAAUAAAUAGCGAAAAUUGGCCACCAUUUUUAGAUGGAUAAAUGCAGGUUGCGGGCUUGCACUGAUAACUAAUGGAAUCUUAAGAUACAUUUUUUUUGCAGCUCUGAUAAGUGAACCAUGGACUAUAUUUUAGCCUGGUUACAUGAUAAUGUUUGGCAUAGUAAUUUUUGGAGCAGAGUUAAAUCUUCUAUUCGUCCUUUCUAGAAUAUCUUUUAUGUGUUCAUACAUAGGUAGAGGAUUGUUAGAUAUUUUCGUAGCAACUAUAUGCUCUAGUUAUUUAGGUGGAUCAGGUUUAAAUAUAUUGGCAAUAGUAAUAACAAUUUUCUUGUUUAUUGUUGGUUUAAUGUAUCUCUGUUUUCAUUUUACUGGAUUGGACUUAAUACUUCCUCCUGAAGUAAGUGAAUAGUAAUCUAAUAAAUCUAGCACAAGCACAAAUAAUUCUAGCAAUCUUGAUAAUUCAUAAAACCUAGGAAGAGGAUUAAAUGAAAAUGCAAGCGAUCCAUCAAGUGUUUAUUCAAAUGGAUAAAUGUGA